CGGGGGGACACUGGCAGACUGGAGCCCCGCAGUUGCCAGGCCUGCAUCCCGUGGAGGACCGUGACUCUGGGGAGGAGCACUUCGGCGGCGGCUGGCGAUCCAGCCAGGCGCCUCUCGCCUGCUCGGCCCCUGCGCUGAGUGAGGCUCCGUCCGAAGAGGUGACAGGCAUCGCCGCCCCCGCCACGUUCGGAGAUCCACCCCAGGGCGAAGGAGCCGGAGAUGCCCCGCGGCGGGGAUCGGGGCCCGGAGAGAAGGGCUGAGAAGCUGACUCGCGCGGGCGGGGCUUCUGGCUGAGCCGGGCACUGGCUGCUUUCCCCAGCAAGGAUGCUGCUUUAGUUUGGACUGACUCGCUGGCACGGAUGCCGCUUCUCCUCCUCUCUGCUUGAUGCCCUCUCCUGCUCCAGCCCUCCAAGUGGCAGCCCGAGAAAGGAUGCCAGAAGGCGCUGGGUGGAUUCUGCGCCCACCUCCGCCUCUCCCUCUCUCUGGGGGAAAGAAGAGUUGACGGCGGUGGGGGACAUUUCGUCGCUGCUGCUGCUGCUGCUGUUUAAAAAAAAAAACUUCAUCCAAAGACUUUGCUCAGCCCUCUUCUGCCACACCAUCAAGAUGGGGCCUGCGUGUGUGACUGACUGCAAAGGACAUUCCUAAGCCUGGCGUUGGAAGGAGGAACUGAGAAACCGCUUCUGGUGCCUCUAUGCCUUGACCUGCCGGUGGCCUUGUGUUAAUGGGAGCUGAGCCUUCACUGAGGUAACUUUUGGCCAUCAGCAGGUCCUCUUAACAAAUUCACUGAGGAUCCGUUGGCCGAUACAGGCAAGAUGCCUCGGAACAGGGCCUUCUCCGAGCCGGAAUACUCGGCCGAGUACUCGGCAGACUACUCGGUCAGCCUGCCCUCUGACCCUGAGCAUGGGGUAGGCCGGACCCAUGAGGUGACGGUGAGGAACUCUGGCUCGUGCCUCUGCCUGCCGCGCUUUAUGCGCCUCACCUUUGCCCCAGAGUCCCUGGAGAACCUCUACCAGACCUAUUUCCGGCGGCAGCGCCAUGAGACCUUGCUGGUCUUGGUGGUCUUUGCCGCCCUCUUCGACUGCUACGUUAUCAUCAUGUGCACUGUGCUGUACACCUCAGAGAAGCUGCCACCCACCCUGGCGGCCUCAGUGGGCCUGGCCGCCCAGAUCCUCCUCUUCAUCCUAUGCAAGUACAAACUCCUGCCGGACCGCGUCACCCGGAAGUUCAUGCCCUACUUCCUGUGGCUACUCAUCGCUGCCCAGAUAUUCUGCUACCUGGGCUUGAACUUUGCCCGCUUCCACGAGGCCAGUGACACAGUUGGCUGGCAGGCCUUCUUCAUCUUCUCCUUCUUCAUCACCCUCCCCCUGCGCCUCACGCCCAUUGUGCUGAUCUCAGCGGUCUCCUGCGGCAUUCACACCCUGGUCCUGGGGGUCACCAUUGUGCAGCAGCAGCAGCAGGAGGAAUCUCUCAUCCGAGGGGGCCUCUUGUGGCAGAUCCUGUCCAACGUUGCCAUCUACCUGUGUACCAUCUGCGUGGGCAUCAUGUCGUACUACAUGGCAGAUCGUAAACACCGCAAAGCCUUCCUGGAAGCAAGGCAGUCUCUGGAGGUCAAGCUCAAUCUGGAGGAGCAAAGCCAGCAGCAGGAAGGGCUGAUGCUUUCAAUUUUGCCCAAGCAUGUGGCUGAUGAGAUGCUGAAGGAUAUGACGAAGGACGCAAGCCAGAAAGAAAUGCAGCAGUUUAAUACCAUGUACAUGUACCGCCAUGAAAAUGUCAGUAUCCUCUUUGCUGACAUCGUAGGUUUCACUCAGCUAUCAUCAUAUUGCAGUGCCCAGGAACUGGUGAAGCUUCUGAAUGAGCUCUUUGCUCGCUUCGAUAAACUAGCAGCAAAAUACCACCAACUGCGUAUCAAGAUCCUGGGAGACUGUUACUACUGCAUCUGUGGACUGCCAGACUAUCGCGAUGACCAUGCUGUUUGCUCCAUCAUGAUGGGUCUUGCCAUGGUGGAGGCAAUCUCCUAUGUGCGAGAGAAGACCAAAACAGACGUGGACAUGCGUGUGGGUGUACAUAGUGGCACUGUUCUGGGCGGAGUCCUUGGACAGAAGCGUUGGCAGUAUGAUGUGUGGUCCACGGAUGUGACGGUGGCUAACAAGAUGGAAGCAGGUGGCAUCCCAGGGCGCGUACACAUUUCCCAGAACACCAUGGACUGCUUGAAGGGAGAGUUUGAGGUGGAGCCAGGAGAUGGUGGAUCCCGGUGUGAAUACCUGAAGGAGAAGGGGAUUGUAACCUAUCUUAUACUGGUACCUAAGCAGCCACUCAAGAAUGGGAUCAAUGGUGUGAAAUUAUCUGUCUCAUCAUCCCAUGGGAACUCACCGCCACUGAUCAACACCAAAGAAUGCAAUGGGAGCAUUAACACCACCUGCACAACACCAGAUGAGGCAGAGGAACUGGACACCAGGGUGGUGAACCCCUCCUUUCCCAACCCUCGGCGGCGUCUGCGCUUGCGUGACCUGGCAGAGAGAGUGGUGGACGCUUCAGAGAACGAGCAGGAGCUGAAUAAAUUGCUCAACGAAGCCUUGUUGGAGAGGGAGUCCGUGCAGGCACUGAAGGGCAAAUCCACAUUCCGCCUGUCCAUGCGCUUCGUUGACCCCGAGAUGGAGACGCGUUACUCUGUGGAGAAGGAGAAGCAGAGUGGGGCAGCCUUCAGCUGCUCGUGUGUCGUCCUCUUCUUCACUUUCCUCGUGGAGGUCUUCAUCGAUCCACGGCUGAUGGCAAAUUACAUGACCUUCAUUAUUGGUGAGAUCCUUCUCCUCAUCCUGACCCUUUGCUCACUGGCUGCCAUCUUUCCCAGGGUCUUCCCUAAAAGGCUGGUGGCUUUUUCCACUUGGAUCGACAGGACUCGGUGGGCCAGGAACACGUGGGCCAUGUCAGCCAUUUUCAUCCUCACCAUGGCAGACAUUGUGGAGAUGCUCAGCUGCCAACAGUAUUACACUUUUGUCAAUGGUACGGAACAGUCACAGCAGAGCUGCGUGGAGAACCCCAAGUACUACAGCUACAUCGCUGUCUUGGCCCUCAUUGCAACCAUCAUGCUGGUGCAGGUCAGCCACAUGGUCAAGCUCACCCUCAUGCUGAUGAUCACUGGGGCAGUGGGCAUGGUCAACAUCCUGGCCUGGCAGCAGAUCUUCGAUAAGUAUGACGAGGACCGAUUCCAUGAGAACAUGUCAUCGCUGGUUCCAUCCAAGUAUUCCAUGACAGCCAUGAUCUUUGUGAUGAUGCUCAGUUUCUACUAUUUCUCGCGCCAUGUGGAAAAGCUGGCCAGGACUUUAUUCUUGUGGAAGAUCGACGUCCACGACCAGAAAGAGCGUGUGUAUGAGAUGAGGCGCUGGAACGAGGCCCUGGUCACCAACAUGCUGCCAGAGCAUGUCGCUCGGCACUUCCUUGGGUCCAAGAAACGGGAUGAGGAGCUCUAUAGUCAGUCUUACGAUGAGAUCGGAGUCAUGUUUGCCUCCCUCCCAAACUUCGCUGACUUCUACACAGAGGAAAGCAUCAACAAUGGCGGGAUCGAGUGCCUGCGCUUCCUCAACGAGAUCAUCUCGGAUUUUGAUGCGCUCCUAGACGACCCCCAAUUCCGAUGCAUCACCAAAAUCAAAACCAUUGGUAGCACCUACAUGGCAGCUUCUGGAGUGACCCCAGAUGUCAACAUGAAUGGUUACAACAGCACUGUUAAGAAGGAGGACCUUUCAGAAAAGGAGCGCUGGCAGCACUUGGCGGAUCUGGCUGACUUUGCCUUGGCCAUGAAACAGACCCUGAUGAACAUUAACUACCAAUCUUUCAAUAACUUCAUGCUGCGAAUAGGUAUGAAUAAAGGAGCAGUGCUGGCAGGGGUCAUUGGGGCCCGCAAACCUCACUACGACAUCUGGGGGAACACCGUGAACGUGGCUAGCCGGAUGGAGUCCACAGGCGUCAUGGGAAAUAUACAGGUAGUGGAGGAGACUCACUUCAUCCUGAAGGAGUACGGCUUCCGCUUUGUACGCCGAGGGCCCAUCUUUGUCAAGGGCAAAGGAGAACUGCUGACCUACUUCAUGAAAGGGCGUGAGAAGCAAGGCUCUUUCAUUAAUGGCUCCUCCGUGACUCUGCCCCACCAGGUAGUUGACAGCUCGUGAUGGCUCUCGGGUUCUGCACAUUGGUUACAGAAGAGAGCAGGCACCUCUGCCAGACCCAGCGGCACACACCGUUUUCAGCACCUUUGGGCGAGAGAUUGCUAUGUACACUGUUUAGAUUUACGGGAAAUUGACCCCUUUGCCCGCUUCUAUCUUCUUGAAGUUUUAUUACGUGUAAAAGGACUCCCUUUGAUAUCAGCAUCUGCAUUUGCAUCUUGAUGUAGACGAGGGAGGGGGGAGUAAUAUUGGUGGGAAGUUCCUGCCUCUCAUGCAAAGACGCGGACCCUUGCCCAUCUGGGUCUGGAAAGAGGAAGGCAGAAUCCCCAAAGCAGCAUUGCUCGCUCCAGUGGGGUCCCCUUGGCUGCGUAUCUUUUUAGUCCAAGUGAGGGGAUGGUGCUGUGGCUUGAAUUUUCCACAGACAUCACCUCCAUGUAGAGCUUACUGCUAAAAUAAAUGCAAACUCAGGGUGGGUAUUAACAGCAGGUAGAAGGGCUGGCAGAGAAAGCCACACGAGGGCAUGCUAGGGUGUUUUUAAAAAAUUAGUUCAGAAGGAGCUCACCUUUGCCACAAAAUCAUCAAAAGUAGGGACGAGGAAAAAGACUGAGUGCAAUGUAUUUUCUGACUCUAAAAAGAUGUCCUAUUUCAAAUAUAUAAAUAUAUAUAAAUAUAUAUAUAUAAAAAGAUACAGAUUAACUUUAUAUUUUUAAUCGUGUCUUACUUCUGAAAGCAAGGUGCCUCUUUGAGACAGCACCUUGUCACUUUUGCUGCUCUCACUUCAGCUGUUGCUUUAAAGGAAGAGAUUUAUAAAGUCUGGUCAAAUACUGUUUUUAUAAAUGCCUUCAUCUGUUAUAUUGAAAUACAAAAAAAUGUAAUUAUUUCUCUAGUUUCUCAAAUAGAACCAGUUGGAUUUUAAAGAGUUA